AAUUUUCCAUUAAAAAAGAAGUAGGCAGAAGAAAAUGAGAAAAUGGGAAAGAUGGAGAAGGUUCCAGUUCGGGUAAAGAUUUUUUGGAUAUCAGUAUCUAUUUGACAAUGAACGGUGCAAUAAGUUUAUUUUUUUAUAUUUCUGUCAUCAUAAGUAAUGCUGUAUCAAUUGAUGAUGAACCAGGCCGAGUACUUAAUAUUAAUAUAGGUCACAAUGGAGGUGGAGGCAACAAAAAUGGUGGAGAAAAUAUUCUUCUUCUAAAUCCAGGCGGAGGUCAUAAUUACCAGCCCUCAUAUCAAUACAUACCAUCUUAUUAUCCAGUUCCUUCGCCUUCAUACCCAGUUCCCACAUAUCCAGUGCCAACAUAUCCAUCUCCUGCUCCCAAUUAUGACGAUAAUUGUAAUUGUCCACCAGGACCUCCCGGAUUACCAGGCUCCCCGGGACAACAAGGUACGUUAGGAGAACGCGGUGACAAAGGCAGCCCCGGAAUGCCAGGUAAUCCUGGCCCAGUAGGACCAACUGGUCCUGAUGGAUACCAAGGUCCUCCUGGACCAGUUGGCCCAAUGGGACAAGCUGGUCCACGUGGUGUGGGUGGAAGUCUCGGGCCACCAGGUUACACGGGAAUGCCAGGCUUAGUAGGACUACCUGGAGAACCUGGAUUACCUGGACCUCCAGGAACUUAAUUUGGAUCAAAUUUAAUUGAUAAAUGGAAAUU